AUGGCAGCAAAAUCACCACCGCAAAAACCCACCAAAACCUCCCAUGCAAUCAAUACAGGCGGUGGUUAUUGCUCCGAAACCAAAACCUUUCACAGUCUAAGACCACCUGCAAUUCCACCACCACCUCAUCAACCUCUCUCAAUAACCCAAUUCAUCCUCUCUCACCUCUACUCAUCCACCACUCCAAUUACCACAACAACCUUCUUUACCAUCCUCUCCGCUGCCCAGUCUCUAACUUACUCUCAAGCCAUCGACCAAAUUUACUCUCUUUCUUCAUCUCUCAAGAUCAUCUACUCUUUAAAGAGAAACGACGUCGCUUUCAUCGUCUGCCCUUCCUCUCUCCACGUCCCCAUUCUCUAUUUCUCUCUUCUUUGCCUUGGGGUCACCGUCUCUCCCGCCAAUCCAUUCAGUUCAAACUCCGAGCUGACUCACCAAAUCCAGCUCAGCAAACCCAAGAUCGCAUUUGCCACCUCCCAAACUGCUCCCAAGCUUCCCUCUUUCCCCCUCGGCACCAUCCUCAUUGACUCCCCGGAGUUCACCUCCUUGUUGACUCAGAGUUCCAAACAAGACACUGCUACCAACCACGUUGAAGUCAGUCAAUCCGACGUGGCAGCCAUUCUUUAUUCCUCAGGCACAACUGGGAGAGUCAAAGGCGUGCCAAUAACUCACCGGAACCUCAUAGCUUCAGUCGUGGCUUUUCGUAGCGGUGCAGAACCCAACCCACAUGCGGUUUUGCUGCUUACGAUGCCUUUGUUUCAUGUUUAUGGCUUCUUUAUGUUGAUAAAUGCGUUUUGGAGAGGAAAGACGUUGGUUUUAAUGGAGAGGUUUGAUUUUGAGCAAAUGUUGAAGGCUGUAGAGAGGUAUAGAGUGAGUUUCAUGCCGGUGUCGCCGCCCCUUAUUCUGACGUUAGUGCAAUCGGAUUUGACUAACAAGUAUGAUUUGAGUUCACUGCGGAUGCUUAUUUGCGGUGGCGCGCCUUUGAGCAAGGAGGUUGCUGACAAAUUCAAAGGAAAAUUUACACAGGGGUAUGGGUUAACAGAGGCUGGAGCGGUAACAAGUAUGAUAGGACCUGAAGAGUACAAGCACCAUGCUUCUGUCGGUCGUUUGCUAGCAAACAUGCAAGCCAAAAUUGUUGAUCCUCUAACUGGAGAGGCCGUGGGUCCUGGCAAGAGAGGGGAGCUCUGGUUGCGAGGGCCAUCUGUUAUGGAAGCUCGUGUUAGUACAGGUUAUGUAGGAGAUGAGAAGGCAACUGCUGAAACCUUUGAUUCAGAAGGGUGGUUAAAGACCGGGGAUCUUUGUUUCUUUGACUCUGAAGGGUUCCUCUACAUUGUUGAUAGGCUAAAGGAAUUGAUAAAAUACAAGGCAUAUCAGGUGCCCCCAGUUGAGUUGGAACAAUUACUAAUGUCGAAUCCUGAAAUUGCUGAUGCUGCUGUAAUUCCGUAUCCUAACAAAGAAGCAGGGCAAAUUCCCAUGGCCUAUGUGGUUGCACCAUACAAGAAGAUAAGACGAGUGGCUUUUAUCAAUGCCAUUCCCAGAUCUCCUGCAGGAAAGAUCUUGAGGCGGGAGCUGAUCAAUCAUGCUCUCUCUGCUGCUUUAUUAAAACUGUAG